AGUAUUCAUUGUUAUUGAAACAAGUAAGCGAACGAGGCUCCAUUUGAUGUUAAACAGUUCAGCUGCUAUUUUCAUUGAUGAUUUUUCUGUCAUGUCGUCUAUAGCUAGUCAUUUUCCCCUGUAAUACCUCCUUUCAACUUCAGCCAUGGCGACUCUUGCACGGCCUGUAUACGACCUGCAAAUUAACCUUUUACCAGAGGAAAUCGUUGAGCGUAUUCUUUCUUACUUGUCGCCGUAUGACCAGCUGAAACAGGGUUCCUUGGUGUGCAAGUUGUGGCAUCGGUUGAUCCAAGGUGUCAUAAGACAGAAAUAUUAUAGUUUCCAGCAUGCUGUUCAGUCUGGUAGCCUCCAGUGGAGCAGCAGUGAGCCAAAUGACACGCCCCUCACAGCACGCUACUCCCACAGUGCAUGUUAUCUAGAUCGUGCUAUGUACGUAUUCGGUGGAUGCUCAUCUGCCAGUACAGCUUUUAAUGACAUGUGGAAGAUGGAUUUAGGGACUGGAGAGUGGAGCCGAGUUCUAGCGACAGGUAUGUAUCCGUCUCCAAAAGCCUGUGCCAGUAUGGUCUCUUACAAAGACACAUUGCUGUUAUUUGGAGGUUGGGCUCCUCCUGUACCAUAUCCUCUCCACCAAGCUCCAAGACUCUUCAAUGAGCUUCACAUGUACAUCCCAAGUGAGAAUAAAUGGUGUGCUAUCGUCACUACUCCCACUCCACCACCGGUUGCCAGUCACGCAGCCAGUGUUGUUGAAGACAAGAUGAUUAUAUUUGGUGGCUUAUGUGGCCAUCAGAGAUCAAAUGAUGUUUGGAUAUUAGACAUACAAGUCAUGUUAUGGGAAUUAGUCCAGAUUGAUGGCAUCAGACCAAGACCUCGUUUUGGACACUCACAGGUUGUUGUUAAUGACAGAUGUCUUCUUAUUCUUGGUGGCUGUGGUGGAGCUAAUAUGAUGUUUAAUGAUGCAUGGGUACUGCGAAUGGACACUGUGCCGUGGAUGUGGCAGGAGGUUGAUAUACUUAAUGAGGACUUUGCUGCACCACAACUAUGGUGUCACCCGGCGUGUAAGAUUGGUGAGCGUGUAGUUGUGUUCAGUAAAAGUAUGAAGAACAGAUCAAGCAUCCCUACCAUUCCACUAAAACCACAGCAUCAGCGAUCUCAUACGGGCAAUAAUUUUGUUCUACGGGCUAAUGCAUACAGACAUCAUUCCUCCCCUCCACGGGCCAAUGCUGCAAAUCACGAUUUUAGGAGACAACAUUCUCCACAGAGAGUCAAUAUGCCUUCUGAUGGACGUGAAUCGCCAGUACAUACCAGACAUGGCAGUCUCCGGCGCCGACCUGUUGUUAGGACUUUCUCAGACCCAGAAAAUAAUCUAUUAGAUUGGGAAAUGCCGAGUAGAACUGUUGCUAACUCUGAGAGUCGAGACUUUUCACCACAACGUACAUUGUCACGGAGAUGUAGUCUUGGCUCCACACCUGUGGAAGGAGCUAGUGCAUCUGGCAGUAGUAAUAGUUUCUCUAGAUGUGUGUCCAGCAGCUCGUCAUCGUCUUUUGGAUCGCCAGCCAGGACACGAAUCUUUAAACUUCGACAUUUGCGAUCCAGAAGUGACGCAAUGGACAAUACUGCAAGAAGUUUUAGCGAUUCAGUACUCCGACCACCAAGAGGUCGGUAUGAGGAUCGAGAUAGCAAUAAUGGUUCACCAACAAGGUCAUUAACUGUUGCUGAUGCUGCCGCCGCUGCUGCUGCCACUUUAAAUUCGCUUGGUGCCUGUUCGUUUAGAAAUGAACUUCCAGAUAACGAUAGAUUUGAUUCUCGAUCUAACUCUGGUAGGAGCUCCCCGUCGCUGCAGUUGAAUGGUGCUGUUGGUGGCAUUCCUGAAAAUGGACAUACUUCUCCCAGUCACAGAUCAGGGAGUCCUGGCCACCGUCAAAGCACCCAAACCUUUGGUUCACCUUGUCGUAAAAACUUUCGCACAAAUUCAGGGACUAAAUUCAACGCAUGGCCGAGAAAUACUAUGCAAAUGUAUGUACUGGACAUUUCAAAUGUUGCGAACAAUAGGUAUAUCGCUUGGCAACCAGUCAGGACACCUCUCUCGUCGCCGUCUGAUUCGUCAAACUGUCAGGUUGUCCGAAGUAACCGAUCAAGUCAACCCGGUUCUCCGUUGCAUCAACAAAUCCCAGGAAGCAGUGCAGGUCCUGUUAGGUUAUCUAAUAAUCAACCAAUCACCACAGCCGUUACAAACCAGCAUGGACCUCCUCCAGAGACUAGUUUGUAUUCGUUGGUGGUUGGCAGAGGAGAGUUGGUCAUGUUUGGUGGAAUGUUGGACGAUGUCACUAAAAUUACUCCUGAUUCGAAAGCUACUGCCACUAACGCAGUGUAUUUUGCAUUUUGAAAUUGUCUGUCUUCCAUAAUGCACACAUAACUGUAUUUUCCUAUGACGGGACCACAGAAUGACUAUUGUAUUAU